AUGGAUUUGCCUCCUGGUCUGCCCAAUCAGAACAACAAAGUUUGUAAACUUUUAAAAAGUCUUUAUGGUCUUAAACAGGCCUCUAGACAGUGGUUUGAAAAACUGUCUAACUCUCUCAUCAGCUAUGGCUUCUCUCAAGGUAAAUCUGAUUGUUCCUUAUUCAUCAAAAAGUCAACAACAUCAUUUAUGGCAUUGAUAGUAUAUGUUGAUGAUGUAUUGUUAGCAAGUGAUAGUUUACAAGAUAUUGAACUAUUGAAGAAGUUUCUGGAUGAACAGUUUACAAUCAAAGACUUGGGGCCAUUAAAAUAUUUUCUUGGACUAGAGGUAGCAAGAUCUCACACUGGGAUCUCUCUUUGCCAACGAAAAUAUACACUGGACAUUCUACAAGAUACUAGCCUCAUUGGUUCCAAACCUGCAGCAUUUCCUAUGGAAUCCAAUCUCAAGCUGGCUAUUGAUGAUUCAGCACCAUAUGAAGAUCCAUCAUCUUAUAGAAAACUGGUUGGCAGAUUGUUAUACUUAACAAUUACCAAACCAGAUAUUGCAUAUUCUGUUCAAGUUUUGAGCCAAUUUCUAGCUAAACCGACAGUCAAUCAUCACAAAGCAGCAAUAAGGGUACUUAGAUACUUAAAGGCCACACCUGGACAGGGUUUACUCUUCUCUUCAUCUUCAGAACUUCAGUUGAAAGCCUUCUCAGACAGUGACUGGGCAAGCUGCAUUGAUACUAGGAAAAGCAUAACAGGCUUUGUAGUGUUCUUGGGAAACUCUUUGAUCUCAUGGAAGUCUAAAAAGCAAGCCACUAUUAGUCGAUCCUCUGCUGAAGCUGAGUACAGGGCUCUUGCAACUACAACUUGUGAAAUACAGUGGUUACUCCAUGCACUCCAAGACUUAUAG